AUGUUUUCAUUCCCUUUACUUCUCUUUUGGUCAUUUGGUCAGUCGAAUCACAUGAGGAGGGCGGUGUCUUCAGCUAUCACGAAGAUUAAGGCGAGGCAGAUCCUGGACAGCAAGGGGAUCCCCACCGUCGAGGUCGACAUGUACACCAAUAAAGGCAUGUUUCGAGCUGCCGCACCCAGUGGUGACCUUGACAAAAUGUGAGCCUUCUCCUUCUAGGCCUGGGCAAGGAAAGCUUACAGUGAUUUUCAGAUUUUCUAUUGUCUGGUGCCCAACCAUUAUGGACUUCUAUCUUGAUCAUAGAUACGAACGUUCAGAACUUCGUGACGGUGACAAGGGAAAAUAUCUUGGAAACAGUGUUUCAAAAGCUGUUAGGAACAUCAAUGAAAAGAUUGCUGAAGCUUUGAUUGGCAUGGACCCAACACUCCAGUCGCAGAUUGACCACACGAUUAUGGACUUGGACAAAACAGAAAGCAAGGCAAGUAUUUUCUAUCCUGAUAAGCUAAAUAUUUUGAGUAAUUCAUGUGGCCAUCUGAGGGAUUCGCAAAUUUCCAUGUUCAUCUCGGAGAAUAUUUUACCUUUUUUUGGAAACAUCAGACAUCAUGCCUAGUACCUCAGGGAAUUACAUGGAGUACUUAGAAUAUUGCGCUAUCAUAUCAAGUACCGCAUGGAAAGUUUUAAUAAAGAUUUUGUCUCUGAUGUAUGAUAAAAUUUUCUGCUUCAGUUGAGAUAGAAAGUUAAGAUUGAUCAGUAAAAAUGGUUACUUGAUUCUAGCUUCUAAAUAACUUACCUGACCUUGAUUACUUCGGACGGAAGAGAUCGAGACAAAGAAAUUAGCAAAAAAUAUGGCAAUUUAAGAGGGAGAUUAUGACGACAAUAUCAUGUUAACUGUGAUGGCUUCACCUGAUUCAUCUGGGAGCUAAUGGCAAUAACAUUAGUGACGGAUGGAUUCAAUUUAAAACUUUGAUCAAAUAUUUUUCUAGAAAUUAUAUUUUUUGGCGAGCUAUUGCUAGGACUUGAAAACUAGUGUCUUGACUUAUCUUUACUUCUGGCAAGUGCCAUUUCCCAGGAUGUGUUAUAGUAACUCCGAAACUAUUCUUAACUGCUAAAAAACUUAUCUCUCAUGCGUUAAAAGUCCCGUUUCCCUUUCCUACAUAGCAGGUAACGAAUCACAGGUUUUAUUUUUUAGGGCCGUGCUUACAUUUGAGAGCCUCCGAAUCCGGGACUUUUUUUUGCCCUCUUUUUUUUUGACUGAUUGCACAAUUCCUGAGGCAGUACAUAGUUACAAGAUUCUGGAUCUUGCUUUUUGGCCCAGAAUCUGUAAAACCGAAUGACGGAAAUGGAUCGAAGGACCUAAGAGUUCCGAAGUUUUUUUUAACACUGAGUGUCUUCCAUUAGAUGUCACAGAAAAUAUGCAAAAUCAUUGUUUCAGUGACCUUCGUACCGGCCAUAGAUUGCCUGACAAAAAGAUCAUCACUGAAAGAUUAGUGUUACUUGUAGUAUCGUCUCAUUGUGAGGGAUGCUAAUGUGCAAUUUUUUUUUAUGAACUAUUUCAUUAAAUUUCAUAGUUUCCUUCCCCUGAUGCUCAAUCUUUGGUGUUUCUUAGCGAAAUUAUCUCGAUUCAGUUCAAUUUCUAAAUAAACUUUACAAUUUGGUCUCAAUUUUAAAGGCCCACAUUUAUUUGUACUGCAGCAUUGCACUUAUCAUAGUUUCCUAUUUCGAUUGCAUUUCGUUGUAGUUUUUGCAUCUUGUUUUAGACUAGGAAAGGUUUGACUAUGCAUGAGUCCAAUUGACCGCUGAGACAUUUUGCUUCUCUCGGGUAUGCCACCUCUGAUAUAAUUUGAGACAAUUUAUUUCAUGCAGGCUGAACUUGGAGUAAAUGCUAUGUUAGCUGUGUCUAUGGCGGCCUGCAAAGCCGGUGCUGCUGAAAAGGAGGUAAGUGUUCUUCCGUUUUGAUGGUUCAUUGGUCCCUCACUUUUUCCGGAUUCCCUUCUAUUUUAAUUCCGCUUUGUUUUUCAGGUCCUACUUUGCAAACAUAUCGCAGAUCUUUCGGGUCAAAGUGGGUUAAUUCUCCCAGUCCCGGCGAUUACCGUUAUCAGUGGUGGAAAACAUGCUGGAAACAAUCUUGCUGCCCAAGUAUGACCAUAAAUUCAGGUUAUAAAUCUAUUUAAUUGUGAAGGUAUUUUUUGUGGCACGUUUGCCUUAUUAAACCAUAAAAUUUAUUAUAAACUUUAAAGCUCACGCCUGAAUGAUGUACCUUGAUAUAUACCAUCAUCUACUUGCUGUAACAGUGGCCAUUAAGGUUCUGACAAUCAGGAUGUACUAAGUAUGAAAUUGUCAGUUGGCCUAGGUCGAUUCAGAUUGGGAUAAAAACCAGUUGAUCAGAUUCUAUUUGAAAAAUUCAAUCUCCCCUUGAGCUUCUGCCUAUGGCUGCUGAGCAUUGCUGCUGAGAGCCAUCCAUUGCACCUACAGCUGUGGCUGCCAUCCUAGCCAUGGUGUCUGGAAGUGGGAGAAAGAAAAGAAGAUCUAUACCUGGCUUUGCUGCUAGUCAACACUACUGGUUGGCACUCAUGGAUGGCCUGCUGGGUCCUCUCCUCUGUGCCGCCACCAAGUGUACUGCUGUCUUUAGUAGCGUUUUAAGUAAAUAACAUUGUUAUAUGUACUUCAUUAAGUUUUAAUUAUUACUAUUUUAUCUUUUCAAACUCGCUUUGAGUUCUUUCCGCAUAUCAGUAUGACCUUUGCACAGAUCUGAUUCUGCAAUCCUUGGGUAUGUAGAUGUUAUAAAAAUAUAUAUUCGCUGAAUUACUUCGGUUUGAUUUUCUUCAAUAUCUGGGCCAAAACGAUUUAAACUCAUGCUAAAUAUUCCUAGUUUUUUUAAUAUAUGAUUCUAAUAUAUGGGAAAUUUUUCAUUAUUGGGAUUUUAAUUAUUAAAGUUUACCCUGAGAAAGCAGAGGUUUGUAACUGGACCUCGAGUAAAAUUGCUUUAACUUCAUUUGGUACCUAUUUUAUUUUAUUUUUUCUGAAUAACAUGACUGCACUCUAUCCUGGUUAAAUAUAGCCGAGUAUAAUGAGAAGAUUACCACCAUUUUGUCUGCCACUCCUUUUUUCAAUGAAUUGGAAAUAAUUAAAAAAAGUAUAGGGUCUCUGAUGUGGAGUUAUGGUUAUCAGUGCACAGUUGCUGUUUCUCUGUAUUUCAGAUGGAAAAUGACGAUCAAUUGUGUGGCUUGUUCUUCUUUCUGACUCUGGCUGUUCUCGUGUCUUGCUUCUAUCUUUUGUUCUUAUCUGCCGAAAGACUGGAAGUUUUUUGAUAAUCUUUUUGCCUUCAAGGGACUAAUAUAUUGACUGCCUAUGAAACAUUUGACGGAUAAGUUCCCGCCUAAGUGCAGAAAAAUCAGGCCAUUAAGUAUAAUUCAAACUAAAAAAAUCAGGGAGAUGCACCUUUCCUGGCGUACAUCUCUCCAACAAUAAUUUGUUUAUUUUCUUCGUAGAAUUGAUGUAAACUAUCAUAAUUCAUGAAUAGGUCGGAUAUCUGAGCUGACUGUUAACUUCGUUGUUGAGUAUGCCGUAAAGAGCUUGAAAAAGAUGAAAGAAUAUUCAUCCAUAAAUAGAUGAACUUGACGAUCAAAAUUUAUCAGGAGAUUAUGAUUCUUCCAGUUGGAGCAAAUACAUUUGAGGAGGCUAUGCAAAUGGGUUCUGAGACGUAUUAUCACCUGAAGGUAACAAAAUUUGCCUGUCUUUAUUGCCUUAUCAUCCUUCAUGGUGAUUUUUCUUUAUUUUAUUUUGCUUGCUUAUUAUUGUAUUUAGAAAGUGACUGCCAGUAAGCAUGGCUGUGUCAAAGUUCUGGUUUGUGGAUCCAAAGUUGCAUGUAGACGUAUGUAGUAGCCUCUCUUAAAGUAAAAGGGCUUGUCUCCAUGUUCAGAAGACAAGGUUGCGUAUAAACAAAGCCAAGAUGAUUUCCUCUCUUUUCAUACUAAGUCAUUUAGUACUCAAAUUGAAUAUUAAAUAAGUCAACCUACUCUGUACAUUUGAAAUAUUGGCCAAUUUAUUCCGGACUCGAGUUUUUAAAUUUUCAUGAAUUUGUUCCUGAUAGAGUGAACUCAAAAGGUAUAUUUGGUUCUUGAUUACCUUGUAACUCAUGCUAAAAAAGGCGAAUUCUGAAUAAACUGUUGAAAAGUGCCAGUGAACUUGUAAACAAGUGUAAAGGCGCCAAGUUUAUAUAUGUUCAAGGUCGACAUAUUUAGGCUAAAUAAGUCUGUGAUAUCUAUGUCUAAUUUUGAAAAAAAACCUAUGUCACUGGCAUUGCAUGCCAUCGAUCACCAAUUACGAGACCAUCAUUUUUUUCAAGCGGUAAAUAAAUUAGUGGUUAAAUUUGUAAACCAAAUCGUUAUUGAGAUUUCAGGUCAAACAGUUUACACCCUUCGACCCGUUUUGUUAGCAGUCCAAGGAUACGAAUUUUAUCUUUUUUUUAGCUCUAGGAAAGUCGGCCAAUUUUAGGCUGAUUUCCCAAUCAUUCUGUAAUGAAAUGGGACAGCCAUUUUCUUCAAUCUAUCAAUCUCCCAGGUGAGUUUCUUUCUUUUUCAAUCAUUCUCUUUCAUCUGAUAGAAAUUUCAUUACUGUCUAUGAUUUCAUUUCAGUGUCUUCUCAAUCUUUGAAUGGCCUGUGACUUCAGUUAUUCAAGUAUUUUUUUUCCUCGUUAAUUUUUAAUUUACCUUCCACACGUUGACUACAAAUCAGGCCAUUAUCUUGGAAAAGUAUGGAUCAAUUGGAUGCAAUGUAGGUGAAGACGGUGGUUUGGCUCCAAACAUUACCGAGUAAUUAUCAUUUCAAUCUUUAUUUAUUUUAUACCUGGUUACCUGACAUUUGAAGUCAUUGAACUAAAUGGUGCCUGAUGUUGUUUAAUUUCUUUAUCAGUUUCAGAGAGGCCUUGGAUCUUGUGAAAGAGGCAAUCAAUCGGGCAGGCUGUAAUGGAAGAAUUAAGAUGGCAAUGGACGUGGCUGCUACCAAUUUUUGCGUAGGUAAAACCUACUAGCUGUUGUAGUAUGCUUUUUAGGAACAAGGUGAUGCGUAGGGAAAUGACAUAGAUCUGAUGGUGCUCAGUUUCGUACUUGUCAUCUCUUCUCUGCCACAGAUCUGGUCUAUAAACGUUUCUUAUAAUAUUCUGUUUAACCUGCGUAUUCAGACUUCCAGGUUGCCUCUAACGCCAAAUUCUGCAAACCUCUGCUGGUGAAUUAACUUUUCUCUCAUACAGGGAACAAGUAUGAUAUGGACUUCAAGUCACCAGAUAAGUCGGGUCAGGUUUUCAAGACUGGAGAAGAAAUGGCCGAGAUGUAUGCACAACUCUGCACAGGUACUAUUUUACCUCUAGUUGGCGUUUUUUCUUCUCGACAGAACGCUGGAAACUCAUGUUUUAGUAAUCUAUUUUGUUUGUCAGACUAUCCAAUUGUUUCCAUCGAGGAUCCUUUUGACAGGAAUGAUUGGCUACACACUAAAGCAUUCACUGACCUCGGACUUUGUCAGGUUGGCCACUCAUUUGUUUUUUUUUUUUUUUUUGUUUUUUUGUUUUUGUUUUUUGGUUUUUUUUUGCGGGGGGUGGGGAAAGAUCUUCAAUUGACAGAACAUACUUUUAGGUUGUCGGAGACCAUUUGCUAUCAUCAGACCCUAAACGCCUGGAGCGGGCUAUAGACGAGGCUUCUUGCAAUGGUCUUCUCCUGAAGGUACCCAAUCAUGCUCGUGAUCCCAUCAUGCAUACAAGAAAAUACAAACUGUUAUCUUGUUCUUUUGCUCUCUGCUUCAACCUCAGUUGAUUUGAUUUCAAUCCCUUAUCUUAAUCCUGGUGUCGCUUUUAGCUUCCCCCUAUCUGUUAGUGGGUGCCCAAUACCUGAAGUUUAUCCCUCUUUAAGAUCUUAGCCAAAUCAAUGCAGCUUCUCUUUGCCUUCCCUCUAUCACUGUCACCAUAUUUCUGCAUAGCGUGGCAUUAUGAAUGCCAUAUGGAUGAUACUCUCCAGAGGUUAUCUAAUCAUUGGAGAUUUUCUGACGAUAUAUGUCAACUUCAUCCUCUUUUUGAUGCAAGAAGUCUACUGUGGGAACUGACUUCAAGUUUAUAGUUGAUUUGUUGGCCUCACUGGCCAGAAGUUGUGAUGAUCUUCUUCUGUUCAUCCAGAUCAAUCAGGUUGGGACUGUCACAGACGCCAUUGAGGUUGCGAAACAGGCAAAGGAUGGCAAUUGGGGCGUGGUCAUAUCCCACAGGAGUGGAGAAACUGAAGAUUCCUUUAUUGCUGAUUUAGCGGUCGGUCUUGCCACCGGACAGAUAAAGGCAGGAGCGCCAUGCCGGGGAGAGCGUGUUGCCAAGUACAAUCAGGUGCCUCUAAUUAUGACUUAUGACCAGACUGCACAUAUAUACGUCAGAAUCUCUAUGUUUUGCUUAGUAGGAUACUCCAAUAUAUAGAUAUAUCAUAUCUAGGGUUAUUUCUAUGUUAUAUCUUAAUUUGAGGGGAUAAGUCUUCUUCAUUUAUUUCCAAUUAUCUCUAUUUUAUACCACAAUCAGAUUUCUAUAUAUUGCAAAUUAUUUCUAUUUUGUAUCGCAAUCUAGUUGCCUCUUAUUUAUGUCAUCAUUUCAGAAGAUGAAUUUCCGUUAUUUCCUGCUCAAUAUGCCCUUGGAAAGGCAGUAGUUUCUAGUAACCACAGAACAGUUUAGAUUGAGCUUCUCACUCUGGAACCCUGCCUCCCGCAGCUGCUGCGGAUCGAGGAGGAGCUUGGGGAGCAAGCAGUUUAUGCUGGAGAGAAUUGGCGAUCCCCCUGA